AUGCACCCUUCUUGCACCUUUUUUCUUCUCUUUGCAAUUUACCAUUGGGCCGUAAAUGCUCUACCACAAAUCCGAACCAUUGAAACCGCAUUCACAACCAUUAUCACCGCCAAAGAUAAGUCGAUCACAAAACGUAUUUCUUCGACUCCCAUCUCACAAUCAUUAUUGCACCGCGAAAAUCGCUUUGAAUCAGAGAUAUCAGUCGUCAAUAGUGCCAUUUUCAAAGACUGUACACGAGUCGAAUCAUCUCAAGAAGUUCAGGUCUUCAGUUGUGCUUCUGCCUUCGUAUCAUUACUCGAGGAUCUCGGUCUAUUUUCCGAGCCAAUCGCUACUACCGUUUUCUCAACUGAGACCGUGAUCCCAGUGCAAGCUACAGGUGUUCAGCGUCGCGAGGUUUUGACGCUUGGUGAUGAGGUCUUCACAGUAGCAGGGCUAGUUUCGUCAUUGAACUUGGGGACUAUUGAGCCAGGCACUGCGCCAACUCCAGAUAUCACUCUAUUCAAACCGCAUGCUGUAGCUUCUCUCGGCUUAAUCGCCACUGAGAUCAAUGGUCAGCCCAUUCAAGCAAUAGCCCGCCGUGGUAGCGAAGACAAAUCUGCUGUUGACAUACCUACCUUUACAGCUCUGUCACCGGGCAAACAUCCUAUCUCCUCGCAAAAUUCCCUUGCGACAAUCACAGCGCGCCAGGAUGUUGCGACUCCUACCCUGAUUGGUUGUGGUAUUGCACCUGGUGGUUUGAUCACAUGCGCUCAAACUACAUUCAGUAAUUGCGUUGGUUCGGAAGGUGACCAGACAUGCAAUGGGCAGAUUCCUUUGCCUACUUCUACUACCAGUGAAGUCCAAUCGUUCCUUCGGGUGGUUCCGACUACCCUGCAGAAAGGAGGAGAUAUCAUAACUACAUAUCUGAUCUCAGGCUUGUUUCGCACGACUCUCCAAGCUCGCGCAUCUCUUGCUACUGAGGUUCCCAAUGCUUCUCGCGAAGACUUUAAUAGUGAUGAUAAGUAG